UUCGUGCGAAAAUGAAUGCACCGGUCAUAUUUUUAUUAUGUAGCAUCGUAGGUAGCGUUGUAAGUUACAACGUGCAGCGUGAACUUCCCUACAACAUAGACCCAUACGACCCAUAUGCUGUUGAAAUAAACCGUAACUUCGGUUAUGAACCAUCGCAGCAGUUAUUUUGGGGGAAUGGCGGAAGCAACCAAGUUGGCGGCAACGGCGGACUGUGGUCAAAAAUAACCAAUAAAUUUCCAUUUUUGGAAAAUAUGUUCGGACGGAUGGAGUUGCCAACUCAGUAUGGAGUUCCCAAUAUUCACCAACAGUACGGAAUCCCGAAUAAUCCCCAGCAAUACGCCCAACCACAACAGUUUCAACCGCAGUUCUAUCGAGGGCAGUACCAGCAGCAGUUCUUGCCAUCCGCUCGUGAUGUUGGAUUUACGGACGAUGCUGUUAUUGUGACACCACCCUUUGUACCUAUCGUCCCUCAGCCGGCACCACAACCUGUUCCAGUUCCCGCACCCGCACCUGCACCCAUACCUACACCUGAGCCAUCACCCGGUUACAACUACAACAAACCUCAGUACAGAUUGGAACUACCUCGCAAGUAAAACUUAUUAGUAGUAACUUAUUAGUAGGCAACACUUAGCUAGUUAAAAGUUAAAAGCGUUUUAAACAAUACAGUAAUA